AUGCCAUUUGGGCUUGACCAACUAUGUGACACACAAGCCCAACCUCGGAGUCGGGUUUUACCUCUUGGCACCGGCAGCACUAGAAGCGAGGAUCCGUCCAGCUACAGGGCGCUUAGAGUGCGCAACUCUCCGUUUUUGACUAACGUGCCUCUAGUGUCAAAGGCCACUCCACAAUUUGCGCACAAAUCUAUAGUUCACGGGGAUGUGCUUGGUAGUCACGUGGCAAGUGCUAUAUUGUGCCAUGUCCCUUCAGCAGAGGGGAGAUCCAAGCAAUCAGCUCUACCGCCACAUGAAAACUCUUUAAUAAACCAGGUACUGCCCAGGAUCAGCGACACUCUACACGAAAUGGCUCGCAACGCUACUCCAGAUUUCUCGCAAUACUCCGUACUCAAAGGCUCGGAGGACGUCGAUGAUAGUCCCCUGGCGUCAGUCGAUCUCGACAAGUAUACCAAGAAUCCCCAUUCAGUGCCUCACUCCCGGGUCCUUAGGCGUGCAUGUCCCCCUGGCAGUGCCAUACCAGGCCCGAAAAGUCACCGGAAGAGCUCUGAUAGCGCCAGUGCACACCCUAAGGCCUCAGUGCACGAUCCCCCUGGUCCCGUCGACCGGCAGUUCAAGUCAGCUAACGCAUUCUUAGAAACAGGGAGGGCUUCGGAGCACUUCAGUAUUACCGAUGAGGAUCUAGACGAUACCGAAAUCUACCAGGAUAUUGCUAGUUCUUUGCCAAACUCUCGCGGAAGUAAUGCUUCGCGGGCAAAACCUGUUCUAAGUGUGGAGGCGAGCCCAAUACAUAAACGGCCGAUGCGUAAGCUCUGCCUCAACCACUUCCCCCAGCUUGUGUUGCACAAUGACUCUCGUGGGAGAGCACCUUCAGUGGAGGAUGCUUCUAAUACGUCUGUUUCACCUGCAGGAAGUCUUGCAGAUUCUAAUGGUAAGGCUUCGCCUAAGGUUGAAACCCCUGUCUGCCAACUCAUUCAGCUCCCUCCUAUUACUGUCUUUGAGGAUACUUGUGACGAGUACCAAGGUACAGCAUCCAAACAAAGCCAUACAUCCAGUGGCAAACUGUCUUCUUGCUCACCAGCAGGUCAACUUAACAGCCCUCGGCUACGCCUCAGCACUGGCCAAACUAUAGGCGAUAUAAGCAUAGAUAACUCCAUACAGUUUCCUCUAUUAGAAAAUGGUCGGUUAUCUGGUGAUCGUUGCUCCUCCAUAGACAUGGAUCUACCUAUUCAUCUGGGGACAACUCUGCUCACAAUCAACGAGUCUGACAACGCAGAAUUUGCUCAGCAGGUAGCUGACACCGCCACAACGAAUCCCGCGUUAACGGCUGCAUACAGUUCAUCUUGCUCUGUCCCGCAUAUCUCUUCUAUUACAGGCGCUCUAAAUGAUAGCAUAACUGAGCCGCCUCUUAUGAAUAGUGCAGAGCAUACUCACACAAGGCUGGCAGAGCAGCGGCAGUAUUCUAUUGAACGUUUUCCCGUGAUAGACUCCACCCAGCUGUCUGGAGCAUCUUUUGCGCAUAACUCUAUUGCAAACGAUGAUCCAGACACAGGGACAUUUACUUCUUCGAAGCAGUCCGUUAUUCAUUUGUUGAAAGGAAGCACCCGACAACUAAGUGACUAUAGAGCCCUCAUAGACCCAGAUCAAUCCACCUCACUUCUCACAGAUAAUAUUGACGAGUGCAUGGACUCAUACGUAUUUAUUGGGAAGCUCGGGGAUGAAGAUGGAUCCGCAGACACUAAGUCGUGCACCUUAACUCCCCGGUAUCUAAAUAUUACGUCGUAUUGUGUUGGAGAAGACACGUCUUCUACAGCCAUAGUUGACACAAACACGGCUCUUUCUCAUCCUCGGCCAAGCAGUGAAGAAAUCCUUAGCGGGCUAUCCUCUGAUGAUUGGCAACGGCAGAUAGAUGCCAUUACAAAAUGUAUUAGUUUUUUCUCUGCUCUGUCUACUACAACGGAUAACAUAGAAAUCCAGACAAUCAUUGCAUCGUACGUUACGGUAUUGUCUUCCCCACGGUCUAAGGUAAUCAAGCACGCUAUCGAAACUUUGGUUCCGAUCUUUCUUACCAAGCACCCUGCCUUGCUGCACUACGCAGAUAGGAUAUUCACCCCCUUGCUUCUUCGUGUUGGGUCCGCGUCCCAGGCCGACUUCAUCUCCACAGCUGGAGACCGGGCGCUACACGUCAUCGUAUCGCUCACGCAGCCCCUCAAACUCGUGCCACAUCUGCAGAAGGAGUCUAGACACAAGUCUCCAGGCGUGCGGCUUCGAGUCGCACAACUAUUUACAAUCAUCUUCAAGGAAUUUGCAGAGGAUUCUCAGGUAGUUUCCCAUUUCCGCAGCUCCACAGAGAUAUAUGUUGAAACGCUAUUAAGGUUGAUAGGAGAUAGCUCUGAAUCGGCUAGGAAAUAUGCUCGAGAGGCCUUUGCAAUGCUCUUGAGUAUAACAAGGAUACCAGGAGAGUCUGUUGCCGACUUUUUAACCCGUUGUAGGCUCUGCACAGUUGAUAAUCUUUCCAGGGUGAAGUUUGUCGAGUGA